CGAAUCGAACGUCCAUACAUGCGCCAGAGCUCUGGCGGAGAGGCGCGCUGUCCAAUCAGCGGCCGCGGAAUGCGGGGCCUCGAACGUUGGGACACUCCCAGGCCCCGCCCCGCGCUGUUGUUUGUGGUGUUCUCCCGGGGAGGAGGGAGAGCGGGCGAACCACAACAUUCGUCCGGUCGGGGCUGAUUGAGGCAGGCUGCUCGGGCCGGAGGGAGGGGAGGGAGCGCAGGCGACGAUUGCUGGGGGGUUGGGAAGGAAAAGAGGACGACGAGGAGGAGGCGGCGGCGGCGAGCGGGUGGACUGACGGUCGCAGGCCGGAGAGAAAGCGAGACAGAAGGAGGAAGGCAACCUCGGCCGCUCCCCCCAGCCCCGCGGACAUCGGGCUCUCUUCAUCCCCGCCGGGCGGCUGGUGCCGGCAUCGCUUCUUCUCGCCAUGUCGGUGAAUAUGGAGGAGCUCAGGCACCAGGUCAUGAUCAACCAGUUCGUGCUGGCCGCGGGGUGUGCGGCCGACCAGGCGAAGCAGCUGCUGCAAGCGGCCCACUGGCAGUUCGAGACCGCCCUGAGCACGUUUUUCCAAGAAACAAACAUUCCCAACAGCCACCAUCACCACCAGAUGAUGUGCACACCUAGCAACACGCCUGCCACACCACCCAAUUUCCCAGAUGCCUUGGCCAUGUUCUCCAAGCUGCGGGCCUCGGAAACCCUGCAGAGCAGUAACAGUCCCAUGACAGCGAUGGCGUGCUCCCCUCCUGCAAACUUCAGCCCCUUUUGGGCCUCGUCUCCACCCAGCCACCAGGCCGCCUGGAUCCCGCCCUCCUCUCCCACAGCUCACAGCCUCCACCACCUCCACCACCCUCAGCCCACGUGGCCCCCUGGGGCACAACAGGGGGCUUCCCAGCAGAAAGCUGUGGCUGCCAUGGAUGGUCAGAGAUAAGACUUUGUGCUGCUGGGGCCCGGGCUGGGGAUGCAGGGGCUAGAAGUGCUUGGGUAGGGGUGGGAGCAGAGGACAGGUUAGGGAAGGGUGGGGUGGGAUGGGGUGGGGUGUUUCCUGAAGAUUGCACUGGAAAAUUUUAUAAUUUUUUUUUAACUUCCUGAGCCACCGAGGCCUUGGGGGGGGUGGGGGGGAAGUCUCUUCAGGAAAGUCAAUAAUUGGUCUUUUCUCUUUUUAAUAUAUAACUAUAAUAUAUAUAAAUAUACAGAUAUAUCUAAUGUAUAGGAGACUGGGGCCAGCCUUGGAGAGAGAAGGGAGAAGACAGAAAACUUCUCUGCCCCUCUCCACCUGAGUGCUUGACUAAUAACAGAUCUCUGGGUAACAAAUUGUUCUGGUCACUGGGGGGGGGGGGUGCCAACCUCUAGAGCAACUGUGACGGUGGAGGAGAGGGGAGGGGAGCAACCCCAUUCUCAUGCUGAGGCUGUGAAUCUGGAUGGUGGCUGCAGCAGCAGCCAGUGAAGAAACCAGACUCUCUUUGGGACUCUGUAGGAAUAGUGGCAACAGAAAAAUGGAUUUGAGGGGCUGUGAGGACUUCUGUGUACCCUCCAAUCUGAAGUGCUGAUCCCAGCUACCACUGUUCCAGAUUAUCUUCUCUUCCACCCCCAAUCACUGCUGCUUAGACCCUGGAGGCAGUACGGAUCUCUCAGGGGCUCCACCCUGGUGGGGUGGAGAUGGGUGGGGUGGCCCACCCCCAGAUAAGAUUUAUUGCCUCCCCCUUCCAGGGCUGGGGCCCCCGAACUGUGUUGUACUGGAGGGAUGGGGGUGGGGAGGACCUGAGCCUCUCCUACCAGAGCCACAAGUUGGUGGGAGGUGGCUGGCUUGGAUGGGACAAGUUUGCAACCAAGGACUUGUGGUUUAGUUCCCAAAUCAGAAUCUUGCUCAUGCCAGGUUGAAAGUUUUUUUUUUUAUUAAUUUAAAAUUUUUUUAAAAAAAUGAAUUUUCUAACCUCUUG